AUGAGAGUGAGCUCCGGCGAUGGCCUCAGUGGCGGCGCCACCUCCACCGCCUCCCUAACUGCCGCCGCGGCUUCCAGGGACGCCGAGGCCCUCUUCCGCUCCAAACCCAUCUCCGAGAUCCGAACCGUCGAGUCCACCACCCGAACCCAGAUCCAAUCCAAGAUGGAGGAGCUCCGCCAGCUCGUCGGCACCCGCUACCGCGAUCUCAUCGACUCCGCCGACUCCAUCGUCCUCAUGAAGCGCUCCUCCCACUCCAUCUCCCUUAACAUCUCCUCCGUCCACGCCUCCAUCGAUUCCCUCUCCUCCUCCGCCUCCACCCCCGACCCGCCCGACCCCUCCCGCCACGACCCGACCCGCCACCGCAUCUACGGCAUUGCCUGCCGGGUCAAGUACCUCGUCGACACCCCCGAGAACAUCUGGGGCUGCCUCGAUGAGUCCAUGUUCCUCGAGUCUGCCGCGCGCUACUCCCGCGCCAGUCACGUGCACUCCAUCCUCACGCUCCCCGGUCACGUGCGUUUCCUCUCCAACUUCCCUCUGCUCCAGCACCAGUGGCAGAUCGUCGAUAGCUUCAAGUCUCAGAUCUCUCAGCGCGCCCGCGACCGCCUCUUCGAUCGGGAGCUCCAGCUGCCCAUCUCCUCCUACGCCGACGCAUUGGCAGCCGUUGCUCUGAUCGACGACCUCCGCCCCGAGCACGUCCUCUCGCUCUUCCUCGAGACUCGGAAGUCGUGGGUCUCGCAGAUACUCAACGCCUGCGGUGUCGAUGCGCAGUGCUCCGACGUCGUUUCGGUGCUGUGCGAGGCCUUGAGGGUGAUUCAAGUGACUGUGGGGCAGGUUGGGGAGCUCUUCUUGCGGGUGUUGAACGACAUGCCGUUGUUUUACAAAGUGGUUUUGGGUUCCCCACCUGCAUCUCAACUGUUCGGUGGAAUUCCCAACCCGGAUGAGGAGGUCAAGCUUUGGAACUCGUUCAGGGAGAAGCUGGAGGCCGCCAUGGGAAUGCUGGAGAAGGAUUAUAUUGCCAAGGCUUGUCGCUCGUGGCUUAAGGACUGUGGAGGCCAGAUGGUGGAUAAGAUCAAUGGGAGGUUUCUCAUUGAUGCCAUUGGCAGCGGCCAUGAGCUCGCCUCAGCUGAGAAGUUGAUUAGGGAGACUAUGAAUAGCAAAGAGGUAUUAGAAGGGAGCUUGGAGUGGCUCAAGAAUGUUUUCGGGUCCAACAUUGACCUGCCUUGGAGUAGAAUGAGUGAACUUGUUCUGGGAGACGAUUCGGACCUAUGGGACAGUAUCUUUGAACCAGCAUUUGUCGGGAGGAUGAAGGUGAUUGUGGACCGCAGGUUUGAGGAGCUCACGAGGGCCGUGAACGUUAAGGAGGGUGAACCCAUUGAUUUUCUUGGUGCUGGUGGUGGAAUUUGGUUUGUAGAAGCCAAAUCCAAUCAUGGUAAGAAGGGUACUUCUGCUCUGCCUUGUGAAGAGAAUUGUCUCAAUUUCUAUUUUGGUCCUCAAGCUAGUGGUAUUAGGGAUGCUGUGGAUGGUAGCUGUCAGGGGGUUCUUGAUGACUUACUGUGUUUCUUAGAAUCUCCAAAGGCAGCCCUUAGAUUAAAGGAUCUGGCACCCUAUCUACAAGAUAAAUGUUACCAAACCAUAUCUGUUAUAUUGAUGCAACUGAAUAGUGAGCUUGGGAAUUUGGAAAGUGGCAAAGACAAGCAAGGGCUGGUAACCGUUGAGAGGGCACUUUUCAUUGGGAGACUCUUGUUUGCAUUGCAGAACCACUCCAAACACAUUCCCAUCAUACUUGGCCCUCCAAGGUCUUGGGCAAAUGCAACUGGGUCUGCAGUUUUCGAUAAGUUACCGUCCAUGUUGAGACAAUCUAGAGCCCCCACUGAUUCUCCCGUGCUUGAUAGCCCCUUGGGUUCUAAAAGGCACACUUCAUCUGCUACUGCUGCAUUGCUUGGAGCAAGCCAAAGUGCAAGCCCUAAACUUGAAGAACUUAAUGUAACUAUGCGAGAUCUCCGCAUUAGAGCGCAUGGUUUGUGGAUGUCAUGGUUGUCCGAUGAGCUUUCAGUUAUUCUUUCUCAUGAUCUUGAAAAAGAUUAUGCUUUGUCAUCAUCAAGUCCUCUGAGGGGUUGGGAAGAGACAGUAGUUAAGCAAGAGCAGUCUGAUGAUAACCAAUCAGACCUGAGAAUUUGGCUCCCAUGCAUGCCUUCCCUCUAUGUAACCUCAUUCCUCUUCCGUGUAUGCGAAGAAGUUCAUCGAAUUGGAGGUCAUGUUCUUGACAAAACAAUUCUGCAAAAGUUUGCAUCAAAAUUGUUGGAAAAGGUCAUUGAUAUUUAUGGGGACUUCCUUUCUACUCUAGAGGCUGGUGGAACUGAAGUGUCCGAAAAAGGAGUUUUGCAAGUUUUGUUAGAUUUGAGAUUUGUUGUUGAUGUCCUUUCUGGGGGUGAUUCUAAUGUGAAUGAGGAGCCAUCUAUAAACCUAAAGGCAAAAAGUCCUUUCAGACGGAAGCAGGAACAAGCCACGUAUGAGCCAUAUCUCUGGGAAAAUGAGAGGCAAUCAUACCUACGGCAUGCUGUCCUUUUCGGAUUCUUUGUGCAACUUAAUCGCAUGUAUACAGAUACUGUUCAAAAACUUCCUACUAAUUCCGAGUCCAAUAUAAUGAGAUGCUCUUCAGUUCCUCGCUUCAAGUACCUUCCCAUCAGUGCCCCAGCAUUGUCUUCAAGAGGGACAGCUAAGACGUCCAUUCCAACAUCUUCAGAUGAUAUUUCUUCGAGAAGUACCUGGAAAUCUUAUGCAAAUGGAGACCUGUCCAGUAAGCUUGAUUUGGAUGAUAACUCGAGUUUUGGGGUUGCAGUACCAAUUUUUAAAUCUUUCAUGCAGGCUAGAAGCAUAUUUGGAGAGAGCACAUUGAAACUGGGAUCAAUGCUAACAGAUGGGCAAGUGGGCAUAUUCAAGGAUAGAUCAGCAGCCGCCAUGUCGACAUUUGGUGAUAUUCUACCUGCCCAGGCUGCAGGUCUCCUCUCAUCGUUCACAACUUCCAGAUCAGACUCUUGA